CAAAAAGUGAAAACGCACUGAAUUUUCACUCGAUUUCUCGUUCCGGAAUUUUCACUCACUGAAUUUGACUGAAUUUUCACUCACUGAAUAUUCACUCCUGGAAAAAUGUUACUCCGGAAUUUCAAAAAGUUAAUUACUAGGCUUCUGGUUCUUCCGGAACGAGGCCUCGCUGAAUUACCACCCCAGAGAAAAGCCAGCUCAUCCCGGAAUCACUCUGGAUGUGGGAUUUACGUAGAGAGGCAAUUCAGUGAGUUAUGACUACAUGAACAAAAAAAAACGCAAACGCUGACCUUUUGCAGUACACAUGGCAGAAAUAGGGCGAGGGCUACCGAUUCAAAUUGCAGGUCGUUCCGUAAACGUGUUGCUCUGUCGCCAGUAGCGUUUGCUGCAUGGCGCGAAAAUUUUUGUUGCGAGCCUUCUAAUUGCAGCGCGCUACUGCCCGCGCCACAUCGCCGAGAGGAACGCCCUGCCACAUUGCCUGCAAGGUGCCUGUGGUGUCGUUCGUAAGCCACGCCUGAUUUUUGUGGUUCGCAACGUCGCCCGAUGUUUUGGCUUCAGUAUGUUCAAAACGCUCGAAAUUGUAGCAUUUGGGCCCUCGUUCCCCAACGAGGGGAGUUUCCGACGCGAAAGGGGGGGUCUUUGCAAGUCAUGCAUGAUGUUCUUGAAAAGAUAAAGUCGGGACUCAGCAUCAUUUUACUUAUCAUUGUGGCAGUACAACUAGAACUUCUUCUUUCAUCUUGCAAGUAUGAACAAUGGGAGGUAGUGCUACCAGCUGAUGCGAUUACGCAGUAAAACUAAAGUGCACAACAGCCAAAACCUAGUUUGAACACAAUGCAUAGAAGUGGUAUCAAAUGAAUCUGGAAUUUUCGCAAGCCGAAGCCGAUUGUUCGAUAUAGAUAAAUAGUUUUGCCAUUUUUUUUGCAUUGUGAGUUCUCCCACACUCCCACACUUUCCACACUCCCCCCUCGCUUUAGCCGAAUCGGAUUCUUCACACUACGCAGCAAUUAUUUUUCGCAGCAGGUAAGAAUAAAUGUCACACGUUUACGUUUGCAGAAAAGAAAUUCAUUUUCUUAGCCUGUACAACAUGUCAAACACAGCAAUUUCUUGAGGUUGCAGUAUUAACGUGCUCUCUCUUGUUUCUCCGUUUAAGCAAAUCUACUUCUACAUGUAUCCAACUAUUUUCUUUUUUCAUCUACCUCACCUCCCAAGAAUUCCCACUCCAGAAGUAGUGCCGAUUAAGCACAUAUGUUUCAGAUCGAACCAUAACGGCAUGUUUUGAAAGAGGCAGAGCAUGAUUAUAGGCUCGCACUGUACAUUUAGUCAUCAAAUGCAAAUCGAUGGAAUCAGUUGUACGCUCUCGCCAAGUACUUCAAUGAAUCUCGUGAAGCGCGGCCACGGCCUUCACAGUCUGAGGGGCUGAAGAGUAAGUCCCGUACUCGCUCAGAUGACACAUUUCGGAAUUGACCUUGUUGCACGG